AAGUGGGGGUUCGGGCGACCUGGGGAAAGAAGCAGAAGAUGCACUCCAGGCUCUUUCAUUCAAAGUUGAGGAAAACGUGCAGUCAGAAUAUGAAACAAGCCCCACAACAGGCGCUGGAAUUUUCGGCGGUGCGUUUCCUGCAAAGGCUCAACGAACGUACUUUGCAGCUGCCAUUGCUGGAUUUCUAAUUCUCGUUUUGGCGUGGUCUUUGAGAACAAAAGGCAAUAUCGAGCCAAAUAAGAACCACUUACCUGUUGAAGGAAAUACUGCAGUUCCAAGCCUACCAGGACAGGGUGGUGCAACGGGCGCACCAGAGCAACCACCGGGCCUGCAGCAGCCUCAGGUGCAGCCACAACCCGUAACGAUUCCACAGCCGCCACCAGUUUUUCAGGUUGUGCCGCCUGAGCAACCGCCUCAAGUUGUUCCACCUCCUCCGCCCCCUCAAGAACAGCCGCAAGUAGUGGCAGCGGAGCCAAGCAAGCCAGAGGAGCCAAAAGUUGAGGAGACACCAGUGACGACGAAAGAGAGCCACAAAGAAACGAACCUCGUUGGUGAACAGAAACCUCCACAGCCUGAGUGGCCUCCUGCUGCAGGGGGUGGCGAGCCGGGCAACUAUGACCCCGAAGAUGCAGCAGCACCUACCGCAGAUGACCCUGGUGUUGCUGCACAUGAAGCAACACGGGAAGAAGAAGCUGAAGCACCAGCACAAACAGAAGCAGUGAAGCAGAAGAUCACUGACGCUUCUACAGCGUUAAAAGCGGCUUUGGAUGAGUUUUCGCAAAAUGCUAACAAGGCUGGAGCAGAUGUGCAACGGGACUUUUGCCGCCGGUAUAUCCCUGGAAUUACAGGAGGUGCAGAUCACUUGGGUGCUAUAGCCUACGCCCAGUCCCUUGUAGAUGCAGCACUUCAACUAAAUCCAAAAGAGUCUGCUAGUCUUCGUGAAAAAACAACGCACUUGGUGAGGGUAGCUUUUGCAACUUCACUGUUGGAGGCAAUGAGCAUGCGUAUGAAAGAACUAAAAGCAAAUAAGGAACGGUUUAUGGAAUCUGCUGACGCGAAAGCGCAUUCGCGAAGGGCCUCGACAGGCUCUACAGAUUCGAGGGACACUGUAGAAGAACCAGCUGUGGACUUAACGCCUGUGAAAUUCUCCUACUUCUUAAAGAAAUUCAAUAAACAUCUGGGCGGCAUCUCGGAUGCUGUAAAACGGGCUGACAAGAGAGAAAAAGAGGCAGGAAUGGCAACGAUUCAAGGCGAUGUCACAAAGUAUCAAGCAGAGUGUCUCAUGGAGUUUCUAGCUGGCUCUAUCAUACAGAUCUUGGGUGACCGAAAAGUUCCAGACAAGAUGGCCCAGCACUUCAGUCGAUUGGUGGGUGAUCUGGGAGAAUUUUGCGAUCAAAAUAAGGGCAUGCCUCACCAAAAUUCAUGGACUAAUUACCUUUCCAGGUUUGAAUGCCCGGCGAGCGUGAUUGAGAAGGCUGAGCAGCGGUUUAACAACCUUGGAAUCUUUGGGGCACUCACCGAUUUUCUCUCCCACAUUUCCCAAGCUCUAGUUAAAAGGAGAACAGCUGAUCACCACGACCCAAAGUAUUUAGAGCAUCUAGAAAAACACUGGAACGUCGCCCAGUUGCAGAAGCUUGCAGAAGAAAUCAUAGAUGCUGACCGGCGAGGCAAGGAGAAAGCUUACCAGCUUAAACAGGAUAUACUGGAAGCUGCAGGAGACCUCUUGGAAUUCGAAGCUGCUCCAGCAGGCGAAGCUGACGUGCAACUUUUAAAGGCGGGAAUUGCUUUACUUUGA